AUGGUUUCGGGAAUUACUAAACAGGCGCACAAGGCAGUCACAGAAGUUGAUCAAUGCUGUCCAGAGAGUGCUUCAAGGCGGAGCGCCAAGGAAAAGGGCGCCCAUUUGCGGCUAGUGUUGGAUGCCAGGAUCUCGGGCGUGCGGGCGGCGGUCGCACUGGCGUUGGUGCUUCUCGCGGGCGCCUCAGCUAACGCAAGUAGUCCCUGCACGCCCUGCGGAAGCACUGUGCGUUGGGACGAGGAACAGCAUUCUGGCGUCGGGUUCCUCUGCCAAGAAGGCUUCCCAAGCACGCCCCUGCAACACCCGUACACCUGCCUUGUGUUCUUUAAAGUGCCGCCCACGCACAAACUCACUUUCCACUUCCACGAGAUCUACACCAGAGAUGUUUCUCUGGUCGUCUGCAACAGCACCUACCACGAGAACCGCCAGUAUCUGCCCGACCUCGCCUACUGGAAGAUCAACUGCAAGGCCCUGCAACUCGAGCAAGGCAACGCCCGCCUGCUCCUCCACGGCCACGUCUACCUGAAUGUCACUACGCUGAGGGAGGCCACGACGAAGGAUCACCGACUCCACCACGGAAGUACAGAUUCGCGUGCCAGUGUCCGGUGGGCGUGUCGGGCCCGCACUGCCAGUGGGGGGGAGUGUGCACCAAGGAACACGCCGAGAGGUUGUGUGGCCACCAUGGGGCGUGUAGAAACGUGGCCGGGGUCAGCGCCUGCGACUGCGACCGAGACCACUUCGGGGCCACGUGUCAGUUCCACUUCACCAACAUCCCGACGCAGAGCAGGACGUGCCAGCGGAGGAAGAACUGUCAGCAGAAUUGUCACCUGCGAGUGGCGAGGAACCAGACCUACACCUACUGCUCCUGCGGCGUUGGCUACACGGCCGUCAACGAUACCCACUGCCGAGCCACGGAGGAGUGGGUCGUGUCAACCGCCAUGAAGAUAGGGCGCGGCCGCCACCUCUCCAAGGAAAAGAUCCGAAAUCAGACAUUGGAAAUACUGAAAAGAGGAGAUCCGGGAGGCAAAGCCGAAAUGGACAUAAUGAAAAUCACGAUAAAAGGCAAGAAAGUGGAGGUGGAAGUCGGCUUGACCGGGAAAAACGUCAUGGAAAAGAUUAGCAAGACGGAGCUGUGGAACCGAACGUUUCACACGAGGAGCGUCAACGUCAGUGCCAUUCCGCGGCUGUCUGUCGGGCCCGUGUCAGCCGAGUUCCCAGACAGACAGAAACUGGUCCUGCAGUGUCCUGUGUACGGCGGGCCAGACCUCAAUGUGACUUGGUAUAAGGACGGAAUUCUUAUCUACGCUCAUCAUGUGUCUUGGUGUUACUACGAAGACAGCACGGAACUCCUGUACGUGAAAGCAGAACCAGGCAGCGUCAAGUACAAGUGCACGCUCAUCCUCCAGAUCAGUCCCCUUGAACAGAUGGACCGUGGCACAUACGCCUGUCAGGUGGUCGACCGGCACGACACGCUGACGCGGAUGGUGGUCGUGGGCGUGAAUGAGUCUCUGCAGGCGGAACUCACGCCGUUCGUUCACUCCGUCUUGCCGGGCAGCAGCACUACUCUAAACUGUACAACGAAGAACCGUGACUGGGUUGACGGUGAUCACUACGGUGCUGAGUGGACGGUGCUGCCACAGGACGGGUUCUCUAGCUACCAACAGGACGUGGUCUUUCGAAGCGGAUUUAGACUCCAUAUCGCCAAUAUUACGAAACCACUUAAUGUGACCUGCCAUAUCAGGGAGAAGGAGGGCGUCAUCUACAUGCCAGGGGAAGAGGCCCUGGACGAGGCGCUGGGCACGGCUGCGAUACACGUCUUGGAGCCAGGGCGUCCAGCGUGUCAAGCCGUCACGCAGGACAGAAUUACGUGGGGUCCCAUUCCCGUCGGCGAGCGGAACGUGGAGAGGUGUCCGCCGGGCCACACGGGGAGGGCGGUUCGGCUGUGUGGCCCCUUCCCCACUCCUCCCCCUCUCCCCCCUGCUUGGGAGACGCCUGACUUCUCGGACUGUUUCUAUAAGCCACUUGUACAAGUCAGAACGCUACUGACCCUGUACAAGCGCGGCUACAGGACCCUAAACGGAAACGUCGAUGAACAGGCGAGGGACUUCUCGAGAAUCCUGCAGGAGCGAAGCACACCGAUCCUGCCGGGCGAGAGAGCUAGCCUCUGGCAGAUCUUGGGGAUGCUGCAAAAUGCCGGGAGGAGGAUGGGAUCUCUCAUCUCCCAGAAACUCUUCUUUGAAAUCGUACAUGAAAUAAUCAAAGACUAUGAUAAUUUUACGUUGAUGGAUGUUGUCAGAAUGAAUGAGCCAAUAAGGAUGUAUCUGAAAGCAGGUCUCAACGCCAUCCAACCGGAAGGUCAGGUCACUCGCCUUCCCCGCUUGCUUGCCAAGAGGGAGGUCGUGACAGGUCGGCAGACGUUCGAAAUGGAGGGUUCAGAGCCAAGGAGCGACACCUCUCACGGAACCCCGACUGUGCAGGUGAGCCUUGAAGAGACCGACGCUUUGGAGGCGCACGCCAUGACGCAGCCGAGAAGACAAGUCCGAGUGCCAGAUGUGAGUCUGGCAGUAGGGGUUGUCACUUAUCUAAACCCUGGACUUGUUUUUGACUAUGAUUGGGAGGUACGUGAAGGACCAGUGAAACAAGCCGGGUACCUCGUGGAGAUCGUGUGGGGCCUGAGUGCGGCCUCCGGCAGGAACUUGACGUCAUCUGAAGUACAUUCACGUAGGAUAUCUCCUCCCAACGGUGGCGCCACGAUCAAGGUUCAUGGAUUUUCUUCUGUCUUGCGGCUCCACUACCCUGUCUGUCCUCGCGUGAAGAACUGGCAGCUGAAGUGCGGACAGCCCCAACACGACGACACAAACAUCAAGUGGGACUUCGGGAUGUGUUCGGUAGAUAGCGAAGGCAGCGGCUCAGAAGGUGGAUGUGUCUGCGAGUGUCGGGGCGAGGGCUUGUUUGGCCUCGUGCUCGUCAACGGAACGGACGAGAGAGUGACGGAGGAAUUGCCAGACCCAUCGUGGCAGAAGAACUACGUGACGGGCGUCGGGAGCUGCACGUCUUUCCUAGGUCGUGCGACGCCUCCGUGCAGCUGCGGGUGGUGAAGUGCACGGCGUUGAUGGGCGCGAAUGGGGUGUUCGCCGCCCUCGCCCUCUGGCCGGUCGACAAGAGCGAGUACCUGGUGGUGCUGGUGGCCGGCGCCGUCUGCUUCGUGCUGUGCCUGGCGGCGGGCGUCAGCCAGCAGAUGCUCCUCCACCAGCGCCUCUCCCUCACGCCCCACGACCCGGGUCUUCCGCACGCCUGCAUCAGUAACACUAUGAUCUUCUUCUUAACGAUGGUGGUUGGGCUGCUGAUCUGGGUGGUACACAGUGUGACCCGGUACCAGCUUGGUACUCCCUGGCUCACCUUGGGUCCUGCAUGGCCCCUCACGGCACUGCUCAUGGGCAUUCUCGUGGCACUCACGUUCCUGUGGGUGAUCGUGGGAGUUCACAAUGUGUACCAGCUCACGGUGCUGAGGGAAGAGGCUUCGCACUUACGUCCUCAUACGUGACAGGUUAUGGCAUCAGGUGCUGCUUCUGGUGGGGGAGUGGGUGCUGGUGGUGACAAGCGCUGUGUACAGUCACCCAGUUGGCCGAUAUUUCUUCUGCUUUGCUACGGUUAUGCAGAGCUUCCUCAUGAUAAUCAUGUACACUUGCAAAGAUAAUGACAUGACUGCUAUGUGCAAGUGUAAGCGCAUGUGCUGUCCUUCUGUGGGCCCUUGCCGGAAGUCUUCUCAAAGUGAAAAUGGAUGCAAUAGCCAUAUGUCGU